GUACUCUCUAAUGAGUUUUUUACGCGUUUUUGUUGGACCCUCCUUAGGCUUUAAUACUUUCUGGUCAAAAGCAAGCAGAAUUGAGGCGCUCCAGUUUCCUAGCCAGUGUUCACGUGGCAGUGAGAAUUGAAGCAAGUCAGCGCCAUUACUUUUUGCCUUCAAUUGGAAAUCGAAGUGUGCUUGCUCUGCUUUCUUUAUUAUGUCUGAUAAACCUGUCGUUGUCGUUACUGGCUGCUCCCAAGGUGGUAUAGGUUUCAACCUUUGCCAACAGUUCGCCGCCAAAGGGUGUCGAGUCUUUGCUACCGCCCGUAGAGUGAACGCUAUGGACGGUUUGGAAGCAUUUGGUUGUGAGAAGGUGUCCCUGGAUGUAACAGACGAGGUAUCCAUCGAAAAAGCGGUGGCCGAGAUUUAUGAAAAGGCAGGUCAUGUCGAUAUUCUUGUCAACAAUGCUGGAGCUCAUGCUAUUGGAGCUAUGUUGGAUACGGAUAUGGCGUCUGCUCGUCAUUGCUUAGAGGUGAAUGUUUUUGGAACACUUGCUAUGUGUAAAGCUGUCGGUCGCCGUAUGGCUGAGAGGGGAUCUGGCAAGAUUGUAAACAUUGGCUCUGUGGUCGGAUACGUCUCCACACCAUGGGCAGGUAUUUACUGUCUAUCCAAGGCUGCCAUUCACUCUAUGACAGAUACAUUGCGCAUGGAGCUUAAGCCAUUUGGUGUCCAUGUUAUGAUUGUAGCACCAGGUUCCAUCAAAUCAAACUUUGGUGACGCAGCAAUAGCGACUAUCUCGUUACCAAUCGAUUCUUUGUACAAACAGUAUAAGGCUGUCAUUAACGGAAGAGCAAACGCUUCGCAGGGCCCAAGGGCUACUCCAACCGAAGUGUUUGCCAAGCAAGUAGUGCAGACUGUAUUGAAGAGUUCUCCACCUAGGUAUUUUACAUUUGGACACCUCACACCUCUGUUCUUGAUCUUCUUCUACUUGCCAAGAUGGAUCACCGACAGAUUACUUAGCGCAAUAAUGGUGAAAGCAGUGAAGGCACCGGAAAGCGAAGCAGGAAAGAAGAACGAAUAAAUACCUAGCGAUAUGAUGUUUUAUUUUGAGGUCCAGAGCAAAGGCAAUCUUUUCAAUGGCCAUAUAAAUUAUGAUUAUAUAAUAUCCAAUUAACAUGGUUCUGCAUAAUUGCGUGCAAUGGUGUGCAUUUCAACUAACUUCAAAUGUAGGUUAGACAUUGUACUCCAAAG